AUGAGGGAAGGAGCUAUCAAGCAGCAUUACAAAGUCAACGAUGAGUUCGACUUGAGGAUCAGGUGUUUCGAUGAUCAAUUCCAUAUUUACGUCGAACAUCGUUUGGUGGCAAAAUUCGCCCACUACGUCCCGAUGAACAACAUUUCCCAUGUCUAUGUGAACGGUGAUGUAAUGCUGUAUGGAGUUUCAUGGGAAGGAAAAUUCUACAGUGUCCCGUAUGCCGCCGACAUACCAGGCAAUUUCUAUUCGGGACGUCGACUAUUUGUGUCUGGCUUGGUGCCAAAAGGAGCUAAACAGUUUACGAUUGAUUUUUAUGCCAAUGCUGAACUAGCGUGCAGAAUUAAAGCCGUAUUUCCUACGAAGAAAGUACUUCGCACGUCUCGGUUGAAUGAUCGAUGGGGACCCGAGGAACGACUUGGCGUCGAUCAAGAAUUCCCCUUCAAGAGGAAACAAACCUUCGAUUUACUUAUUUACUGCAGUGAAAAUAAGUUUGAGAUGCUUGUCAACGACUGUCCGUUUGCAUCGUUCGAUCAUCGCAUUCCCGCUAAUCAAAUCAAUAAGUUGUCAAUUGAAGGGGACAUCAGUCUCCUCGGUGUCCAUCUCAAGUGA